CGGGUCCUGGUGAUCAAUGGUCAGUCGUCGAUCACCACCGUUCAACAAACGGUCACACUUGCAACAACCGAAGCAGUAUCAACAGAUCGCAAUCGCACUACACGGCUGAUAAAUAAUAUUAUCACAUCGUCCGCCACCUGUUAGCACGAUGAAGGGUUUGUUGUACGCGGUUUGCGCGCUCGGUCUGUGCGCUCACGCGUUCGCCAGCGAAGAUGUGAAGAAGGACUCAGUCAAGGCAGCGGAACCUAAGGCAGCGGUGGCUGCAGAUUCCAGCAAGGGCAAGAGACACCUCUCGUCAUUCGGUUAUGGCGGUUAUGAGUCGGACGGUGGUUACGAAGCAUACGGCAGCGCCGGUUACGGUUACGCCGCACACGACAUCGGUUACCACGGUCACGCACAGUUGUUGUCCAAGACCGUCAUCAAGGAGGUCGGACACCCGUACCCUGUGCCCGUUGAGAAGCACGUGCCAUACCCCGUCAAGGUAGCAGUGCCCGUCGACCGCCCGUACCCAGUCCAUGUUCCCCGUCCAUACGCCGUGCACGUCGAGAAACCCGUGCCAUACGCAGUAAAAGUGCCCGUGCCACAGCCGUACUCCGUCUACAAAGAGGUGCCAUACCCAGUCAAGGUGCCCGUUGACAGGCCAUACACCGUCCACGUACCCAAGCCAUACCAAGUAGUCGUCGAGAAGCACGUCCCAUACCCAGUUGAGAAGCACGUCCCAUACCCAGUCAAGGUUCCAGUCGACCGCCCAUACCCAGUCCAUGUACCCGUCGAGAAGCACGUCCCAUACCCAGUUGAGAAGCACGUCCCAUACCCAGUCCACGUACCCGUCGACCGCCCAUACCCAGUGACAGUCGAGAAGCACGUCCCGUACCCAGUCGACAAGCCAGUCCCGUACACUGUCGAGAAGCACGUCCCAUACCCAGUCAAGGUUCCCGUCAAGGUCGAGGUGCCAGUGCCAUACGAAGUUCCCAGCCACGAUGAAUACCACCACGGUGGCAGCGCAUACGAAAGCAGCUCAUACGGCAACUCAUACGGACCAUCCCACGGUAGCUCUUCAUACAGCAACUCGUACGGACCUUCCUACAGCAGCGGACCAUCAUCAUACAGCAGCAGCUCUUACGGACCAUCCCACGGAUCGUCGUCCUACGGCUCAUCCCACGGAUCAUCGUCCUACGGAUCGUCUCACGGCAGCUCGUACUGAUCAAAAGCUCCAGUCAUAAUAUAUUUUAUAGGUUAGGUUACCGUGCUUCGCCGCACUCGCGACCAAAGCCAUUCGCGACUGUCGGCGACAGCACCACAAACGAAACAAUCAAAAUCUAGGUAUAUUUUUUUUAGUUAAGUGACAUCGCAAUCAAUAUUCUACCAUCAGUAUAGUAGUAUAAAAUAUAUACAACAACAAUAUGUCAUUAUUUGUCUGUUAACAUAAUAGAUCUCAAAGUACAGAGUUGUGUACUUUUUGGGUCGUUGCAAUAUAAUAUGUUUUUUGACUGCUAACGUUCAAUUUUAAUAUGUGUUUUUUUUACGAAUUUCAUUGUAUAAAUAGUUUUUAAAAUAUGUAUUUUAACAUCAAACACAACAUUAUACAUAAAAUAAUAUAUAUUAUAUAUAUAAAAUAUUAUAUAUUAUAUUGUGAAGCAUUCGAAAUAAAUUUGUUUUCAUGUACUUUA